CAUUGGGUUUAUGAGAAUUGUCUUUAACUCGUCGGUUUAAUGCGAGUGGCAUUCUGAAUCAAAUCUAUGCUCAGAUUCUUGUUAUUUUUUUACCACCCUUCAGGACUUCCGCUUUCUACUUUACUGGCCAGUAGAAAUUUCUGAUAUUUUGCCCAUUUUCAUCCAUCAUCUACACCCAAUGCUUGUUUGAAGCUUACUUCACUUUGAGAGGAAUGGAUGCUAUUGAUCUUGUACUUGGCGAUGCGGUGGGCAACCAAAAUGAGCUCCCAAACACUGGUGAUGAUGGUGCAAUCAUGGAGCUAAAUAAAGCUUAUGAUAUAAUUGCACAAAAUGAAGGGCCCGUCGAGAUCACUAAAACAAUUGAGCUGGCUGCUGAUAAUACAAUUGUUGACAAUUCAGCUGAGAAAAAUGGAGAAGGAUUGAACCUCCAUGAUGAAUUUAAUGGUUUGACCUUAUCUAAGGAAUCGAUAGUUGAAGAGGAAAAUAAUACUAUUAACGCCAAGAAAGGUCAAGUUAGGGGGUUGAUUGAGAAGGGUACACAGCCUAAGAAUAUAUCAAGUACGGUGAAGAAGAAUAAAGAUGGGAAAAUUGGUUCAGUCACCUCAAAGCAGCCUCUUGCCAUUGCAACUAACCGGAGGUUAUCCAGUGACAGGCAGAUCUCAGGAAGCAUCAAAGGUGUUGAUUCUGGCAGGGCGACAAAAGUGGUACCUGCAUCUAGUCAUGCUCAUCUUUCCCAGCAAGUCAAAAUGCCAUACACAGCAUCACCUGCCUCAAAUACAACAGUGAAAGUGGACAUAAGUUUUAUGUUGAAUUGCCGUGGGGAAGGGACAAGACAUCUUAAGCCUCUAAAACAGGGGCCACCAGCUAAAGUUGAAGAAAGCUCACAUUCCUCUUUUAGCCCUGAAUCAGGAGGUGAUAAACCUCGAAGAGAGGGUGGCCUGCCUUCAUAUGGUUUCAGUUUUAAGUGUCAUGAGAGAGCUGAGAAACGUAAAGAGUUCUAUGCGAAGCUUGAGGAAAAGAUCCAAGCAAUGGAAGAGGAGAAAACUACUAUGCAGGCAAAAUCCCAGGAGAAUCAAGAGGCAGAGAUUAAGAUGCUUCGAAAGAGCUUAAUGUUUAAAGCAACCCCUAUGCCUAGCUUCUAUCAUGAGCCUCCACCCAAGGUGGAAUUGAAGAAGAUACCAACAACAAGAGCUAAAUCUCCCAAGCUUGGCCGCUCAAAAGGAUCACAUAAAGACUCUGAUGGAAACAGUAGCCAUGGCUCUCAAUCAGGUCGGUUAAGUCUUGAUGAGAAAAUCACUCGAAAUCGGCUUGCCAAAGGAUCAUCCCCUCAACACUAUAAAAAACCAGUCAGAAAGUCUCUUCCCAAUCUUCCCUCUGAGAAGGCAACUUUGGUUGAUAAAACAGAAGAUUCUGCAUCCAUUGCUCCAAAUUCAGAACUACACAAUUUGAAGGCAGAAACAGAGCAAAGUCAGAGUGGCAUAAAUCAAGAGGCUGUAGGCAGCAGCCUGGACAAGCCAGAGAGUGAAUCUGAAGCUGCAAAGCACUCAACAGAGUAGCAGUGAGUACAAGUGAAGAUGAAUUUGCCCAGCUCUUAUCUGGGUCGAUCUAGAUUAAAACAUGGAACUAGAAUGAAUGUGUUGUAUUGGGUGGUAUUGUUACGUUGUUCAUAGUCCAUGGGUGGUGCAUGAUGCUAGUUUGUGUGCAGAUUAUGGAUUGCUCUAAUGCUAUGUAUCAAACUUUCAACAAUUUACAUUUAUAUUGCUCAAUAAUAGCCUUUGCUUAUUAAGAAUAAAA